GGCAGUCCAGUGCCGCGGUGGCUGGGGUGAGACACCCACCCGUGCAGAGCUACAUGGUCGCCACCUGCGGCUAACGACGCAGUCAACCGCCAGCUACCAUCGCAACCGCAGGUCGUGCGCACACGUGAACCGGCGCCGACGCGUGAAGUGCGUGUGCCGCAGCGCGCAUAACACGGUGUGACAUCGGGUGUCGACGCAGUCUGCCGCCGCCGCGUCGCCUCGUAGAGCGGUGACGAUCCAACAUGGCCACUCAGGGUCAUGCAGAGCCACGACGGCUGGCCGCCAGCGCGCGCAACAGUGCAAGAACUCUGGCGCUAGCAGUGCUCACCACUUAUGCACUUUUGGCGACUCCAUCGACCGGUGCUCCGCCUGCAGCGAAGGCCGAUGUACGACUGCCUCGCGACGUCUCACUAAAGGUCACCGUGCGGCCAUCAGUGCUGUCUCGCUCGAAGCGUGCGCCUUUCAUCGACGACGACGCGAUCAACAAGCUGAUACACUACGGCUACCUGCCUGAGUCAUAUCGUCAGACUGGCAACGAGUCUCAGCUGACGGACGCCAUCCGACAAUUCCAGCGCAACGCCCACAUCCCCGCGACUGGUGUGGUAGACGAGCUGACGCGAAGACAGUUCGCAAAGCCACGCUGUGGCCUGCCCGACGUGCAGCCGCGCGGUCGCGACAAGAGCUACCGGCGCCGCCACAAGCCAGCCGCACCUCCUGACGCGUGCGACACGCACUACGAUGCAAUAAGUGUUAUCCGAGGCGAGACGUUCAUCUUUUCAGGCCAGUACUUCUGGCGCACCAACGGCACGCACAAACCAGUGCCAGUCAAGAUCUCCAAGUUCUGGUACGGUCUGCCAGAGAAUCUCACCAAGAUCGACGCCAUCUACCAGCGACCACAUGACCACAAGAUCGUCAUCUUCAUCGGUCGGCAGUUCUGGGUGUACAACAGUAACACGCCAGAGGUCGGCUACCCGCAGCCACUGACUGCACUCGGACUUCCCGAAAGCCUCGACGGCCUCGACGCCGCCAUGGUCUGGGGACACAACGGCAAGACGUACCUCUUCCGCAACGACAUGUACUGGCGUUUCGACGAGGCCGUCGGCCAGGUGGAGCUGGACUAUCCGAGGGACAUAAGUGUGUGGCACGGGGUGCCGUACAAACUCGAUGCCGCCUUCCAAUACGGUGGUCUCCUGUACUUCUUCAAGGGACGUGACUUCUGGCGCUUCGACGACCGUCUGAUGCGCGUGCGAAGUCCAGUGCCGUCGUCAUCAGCCGUUAAGUGGAUGGGAUGUCCACUGACAACGGCGCGCGUUGAAUAAUUGUUGAAUCGCGUGUGUAUUGAGAACCAAGUCCGCCGAACCCCGAAACCCGAAUCCGCGUUCCGACACCAACACACCGAAUCCACGUCCCGGCGCCAACUCCCUGACAUUCUGGAUAGCAGGGUUGUGCUUGGCUCAUGAGUCGAGUCAGAGAUUUGACUCAACUCUGACUCAGAUGAGUCAGGUUUGAGUCGAGUCGGAUAAAAUGUUGAGUUGUUGAGUUGAGUCAGAGUUGAUUCAGACAAAAAUAUUAAGGUGUUGAGUUGAGUCAGAGUUGAGUCAGUAAAAUAACUUUUGACAUUGAGUUGAGUCAAAAACAUUUAGGAACAUGAGUCAGCUGACUCAUCUUUCUAGAAACAAUCUAUAUAAGCUUUUCAUUCUCCCCCGCUUAACAACUUAGGCCUGGCCCUGCUGCCGGAUUUUUUUCACCCCCCCCCCCCCCCCGCUCAACAACUUUUUUAUCUGAGUCAAUUGUGAGUCAACACACUUGACUCAACAAAAAAAAAAUUUGAGUCAAGUUUGAGUCAACUCAUAUUUUCAUUGAGCCGCUUGAGUCAUGAGUCGAGUCAAGGGAAAAAAUCAGCUCCUUGUUUGAGUCAGAGUUGAGUCAGGGCUUUCUGAAGUUGAAUGAUGAGUCGAGUCGGCAAAUGUUUUUGAGUCGAGCACAACCCUGCUGGAUAGCAAUGGUGAGCAGGGUUAGGGCGAGAUUGCAUAACAAUAUUGUUCUAAGUAAACGUGCAAUGAGGUUAUCGGUGGAGCCAACGAAUAACUAAAUGCAUAUACCUACCUAGGCACUAAAUGCACAUAGUUAUUUGUUAGCUCCACCGAUAACUUCAUACCUAACACAAAUAUGUCACUAAAUAAUCAGUAUAAACGUGCAAUAAUUGUUGGAUUCGAGGAAAUUCGAUAGGAUUUAGAAUGCCAAUUUAAUAUUCUGGAGUUAAUAUAUAAGGUGCUGUAGCAGCCAGUCA